AGCUGUUUAUUACAAAUAAAGUAAUAGAUUAGCUCUUGAAUAGUGGUUCAGAUUGUGUUGAAAUUUGUGAAACUUUCGAUACAAAGUUAGUCGAGUAUCAGCUAUCGAACAGUGAAGUCAAUCACACCAUUCAGACACCCCUUUUGCCUUCUCAUACCCCACUUGUAUAUAACACUUAUAAAGUAUAUUAGAUUUUGAAUUUCAUAUAAUGUGUGCCUUUUUAUCAUAUAAUUAAUAAACAAUUUAUCGGAGAGAGAAAGAGAGGCAAAACUGCUGUCACGACGAGAGAGUUAAUCCCCACCGAUAAUAAAGAUCCCGAUAAGGCAUUAGUCUGUGGUGUUUCUGUGGCCCAGAAAUAAAAACGUUAAUAUCAGCGAUGAAUGGGUUGUCUGGCGAUGAGUUGACUGGAGCUGAGGUGAAGCUGGAGUCGGGCUCUCCCGCAGCGGCGGCGGCUGUGAUCGCCGAUACGGAAGAGACGGGAGGUGUGGGACAACACGAAGAGGAGGAGAACGGAACUGUUGGUGUGACGGCUGUCGGUGGCGGCGGUGCAGGAGGUUUGUGGUGGACUCACAAUCAAACACCUGUUGUGACGUCGGCCUCGGCCUAUGACCUGACAGGCAAUGGAGUGAUUAGUUCUGUGGCGUCAAAAGUCGGUCGUCUGAACGACACGUCAAAUAUGAUGAAUUACGAGUGGGACGGAGGAGUAGACGCUCACAAUCAUCACAAUGUGAUCCAAUUGUCGACAACGCCUACCUCUCUGGCGACCACCAGCUCUGGCAACACGAGUCACAUCAUAAGCAUACACUCGGCCGACAGUUAUAUCAAUUACAACCAAAGCAACCAAAACCAGAACCAGAAUGAGAAUGCAUUGCAAUCUCAGGGCCAACAGAAUCAGCAAAUGGUGAUCCGUUCCCAACACCCGGUGAACCACAAGCGAAGCAACUCCGGCUGCGAGGGAGGUAUGCCUGACCUGUUCUCGCCGACUGAGGGCCGCGAAUGUGUCAAUUGUGUACCCCAUUAUGGCGAAGAGAUGGUACCGGACAUUAUCUAUGCAACGCUUACACAAUCAAGACGUUCGGGUUUGUCGUGUUCUAACUGUUCCACAACUAACACAUCCUUAUGGCGGCGCAACGGCUUAGGAGAGCCCGUGUGUAACGCCUGUGGUUUAUAUUACAAACUCCAUAACGUUAACCGUCCGAUAACUAUGAAGAAGGACUCGAUUCAGACCCGCAAACGAAAGCCCAAACAGACGUCAAACCAGUCUCAGUCUCAACCACUGUCCACAUCUCAAUCACAGCCCUAUUCUAUACCACAUAAGUUGGGAAUGGGAUUCGGAGUCAGUUCAGGACUGACGGGCGCACAGGGUUUCAUCGCCGCCCAAAACUCGACUCAAAAGGCAAUGUCGGCGAGAAGUUACGUAAACUUUCCGACCAUAACAUCGUUAGGUGUCGCACAACUGGCCGCACAAUACCCAAACACAUCCCCAUACUAUUUGAAUAACUCAAACAACGAUGUCAUUCCACACCCGCACCAAAGCCAUCAUCUCUCGCCACCAUUGGCUCAUCACAACUCUUCAAACCUUUACUCUCAUUCCGAUUCAAUGAAUAAUAUGAGUCCUGUCGGCAAUGCUCUCAGUUAUGUCUCACCACUCAAUAAUGAAUACAUGCCUUUGACUACUCUUUCCGAAGAGCACUCAUAUUAACCUCCAAUUCCCGACCAGAAACAAACCCAUCGGCGAUAUAAAUAUAUACUGUAUAACGAUUACAAUCAGAGUAAAGACUGAAUAAUAAUAAAAAUGUUUUUAACA